AUGCCAUCUCGAUUCGUAUCGAUUUACGGUGACGGCAACUGUCUCUUCAGGUCGAUUUCGUAUUGUCUAUACAAAACGCAAGAGAGGCAUAGAGAAAUACGGCUGAACGUUGUCAAUAGGAUCGUUUACGAGUGGAGUCGUUAUAAGGACUUCAUUAUUGGUGACAGAUCGUACGGAUCGAAAAUAAGCUGCGCGUCGGAUUACAAGAACUUAAUGUCGAGAGACGGAGAGUACGCUGGACACGCCGAACUGCACUGCGCCAGCGAAAUAUAUAAAGACUACACUUUCAAAGUCCACAUAAACAUGAACAGCUCGACCAUAGACUACGGAAGCGGCGGGAUAGUAAGACAUCUAUUAUUCUCUGGAUUACUAGACGCGGGCCACUACAGCGUGCUGGAGUAUGAA